AAAGGGUUAACGAUAGCCUUCUUUCCGCAUCCUUCGUGCUGUUGUCUUUCGUUCCCAGAAGCACUUGCUACCACGACAACACAAGAACACAGGGAAGGUAGUCUGGAGACAGUGCAUUCAACCUGGGGAAUGUGAAGUACAGCAUUCAUUUAAGUGCAUCUCCAACUGAUACCCCUUUGAGAGAACGGUAGCAGCUGUAGUGUGCUGGGGCCUGACAACCCACAACUAAACCACAGGGUCAUGGGGCGCCUGGACGAGCCAGCCAAGAAGAGGAUCGUGGAACUGCGGCGAGCAGGCCUGAGCUUCCGCAGAAUCAAGACCGUCCUGGAACUGGACAACAUCAAAGUGUCUGCACAGACCAUCUACCUGUUCCUCAAGAAGAAUAAGAAGAUCAAGCUAGAGCAGGAGGAACGGGGUCUGGGGGCCUCCCCUACGCAGAGUGGGGUGGCAGUGAGAGGCAGCGGCUGGGCAGACCAGCAGCUAUGGAGCCUCAUGCAGGACAGGUCCACUGCAGGGUACCCCAGGACCACUGGACAGCAGGGUCCAAGCCAGGCCCGGGGACAAGGCUCUGUGCAGGGGACGGGCCCCACUGGGACCCCCUCUGGUUCUGGGAGCCCCAGUACAGCUGGAGACAGUGGUGGCAGCAGCAGGAAGGGGGUGGCACAGGAGAGGAAGGAGGAGGAAAUAAAGAUUGUGAGUGUGACCUCGCUUUCUGAGACCUCGGGGCGCCUCGGAUUCCAGAAGAGAGAGGGAGUGUCUGGGGCUGUGAACAAAGGGAGCUUUCCUCUAAAUCCAGCUCCACAGAGAGGCCCCCAGGCUACUGGCAGUGUUCCACAGCUCCAGGGACCCAGCUCAGGGAAUGCGCUGCCUGCCAAUUCCAUUUCCAAAGCAGUCCUGGCAGCCACCAACCGGAGACGAGUCCUCUUCACCCAGCCCAGGAACCCCACCCUCAUCGCCCGCAAGAGGCUGGUCGAGAAGGCCAUCCUUCACAAGAUGAAGGUGAAGGAGACAGGCAGUCAGAACAGCCAGCACAUGGGUCAGCCUUCCAGGAGGGGGCAGUGUUAUAUUGAGAGUGCUCCCCCCAACCUCCCCCCAGGAUUCUCUGUCUCUUCAGGGAGCUUCAGUUCAGCGGUAACCGUGACAGGAGUGCAAAACAGCCCUCUUGUUUACAGCACCCCCCAGCAGCGUCUCCAGGGGUCCAUUUCUUCCAGUGUCAGCCGUGGCCCCACUGUGAGCACCGCAUCACCUGCCUCCAUGAUGAGAGGAGCCAGCGUCCAGAGCAGCAAAGGUCCAGGCCAGGCCCAGAGCACCCAGGCCCAGCCCAGUAGCAACCCCAGCACAGACUCCAGCCACCUUGUCAAACGGACUACUGCUCUCCCUGCCAGUGCAAGAGCCAACCUCACACCCUGCAUGGACACCAGCACAGGGCCUUGUGGUGGCAGUGCGGUCCUGGAGCUACUGGGGAAUCUGAACUCCCAGCUGAGGACACUAAGCAACGUCGUCCUGCUAUUGACUGAGCAACAGGGCCGGCUGGAGAGAGAACAGGCGCAGCAAACCCAGGUGCAGAGGCAGAUCCUGAGCACCCUGCAGGGAAUGGCUACCAGCCUCAGACCAGCACCUCCCAGCCCUGCCCCCUGCACAGAGAGCCCCGCUCCUGGACAGGCACCGUAUACGCCCAUUACUACAGACCCCUCUCACACCAAGCCAGUCGGCGCCCCCUCAGGGUACUACAACAUCACCGACCAUGCCUCCAGACAAUAUGAGCCAAUCAGCUGCAGCUCCACCCAACCCGGCCACCUUCAAUACAAACCACUGAGCUUAAACGCCACCCCUCACGAGCAUAACCACUACCAGAGCUCAGACUCCACUUCUCUCAGCCAAAUAUGCUUCCCCCCAGUCAGUAUGGCUUUGUCCCCUCCAGACCACACACACUUCUCUCCCACCAGCCCGGACCCCGCCCCGCCCCCAGACCCCGACACUCAGUUUAACAUCUUUAAAGUUGAGCUAUUUUGAUGGAACCUAUAGGAAUCUAUGUAUUUAGGUUUUGUAUUCUUUAAUUAAACAUUAGAGCCAUGAUGUAUGCACUUGUCACUGGCACUGAGAAGAAGUCCAAGCUGUCAGUAAAGGAUUCAGGCUUUUAGCUCUUUGAUUGGAAAUGACCACAGUGUCUUAGAAACAUUGGGCUGGAAAUCCUUUUCGUGAUAUUUCAAUAUGCUGUACUUAAAAAAAAAAAAGAAAAAAAAAGAAAAAGCAUCUCAGACUAUAAAACAUGUAGCCUACCUUUCGUUGUCAUUAAAUCAGCAUCCUCAGUGAUGGCUUAUUUUCCGAUUAGUCUUUGCCUCACUGAAUCCUGUUGAUUCUGUGUUUCAGGACCCUGGCCUGCAUAUUCACCUGUGCCAAUAAUGCAAAAACAUUGACAUUUUAUUAUUUCAACCAGGACCUUAACGUUCAUUAUCCCCCUGGAGGGAUACAUUUCCCAGGUGACUGGAUCAUAAUGGCAGAGACGACUGCACAUAUUCACAUAUGUAUUUACAGUAAACUCUAUCCGUUCUGAACUCGCAGACCAGAAAAAGUAGGUAGUAACCUCAGUUCUCAUUCAAAGGAAUUUCAAUGUUAGACUUCAAACAACAAUACAGUAGUAUACACUGUAAUCAUGUGCUGUAAAGCAAAUGCAAGGAUUCUUCAGUUUCUGGACUGAAAAGGCUAACAGUGUUUCUGAGUCUGUCAUUCACAUUAUCCAGAUCUCUGUUUCUGUUUUUUUUUUUUUUUUUUUUUCCCCCAAAUGUGUUUGUAAAAUUUGUCAAAUGAGAGUUGACUGUAUCACAAUAUUUAGUUGUAUCUUGAGAAGCAUUCAUCCAGUUUUGAUGUAAGGGCAUUACCUAGAAAAGGUUCUUAAAGGAACCUGAAUCUAGGUUAUGGUAAAACACUCAUGAAAGAGUUAUAUGAUUGGUUGGCCUGAUGAAGUGUGAAAGCAUCAUUAUUUAACUUGGACUAACCUAUAGAUCCAACCGGCUGCUUGAGCCAGCCAGGCUCUUUGAGUUGGUAACUGGGUCUGAUCUUUAUACAUUGCCUCAAUCUAUCUAGUAUUAUCAGCCCCUCUUUGCUCACCAGUGGAGGCUCCUUGGAGGAGGCAAGGAGGGCAGAGCCUCCUCAACUUUUCAAAGGAAAAUAUAUAUAUAUA